AUGAGCUCAGAAAAGGAACAUCAAAAUACGCUGGAAGAAAACGACGAAUUCGAGGACUUUCCCGUCGAUACAUGGCCCGACUCCGAAACAAUCAAAGAGGACUCCAACGUACAAACAAAUCUUUGGAAAGAAGACUGGGAUGACGUGGAGGUGGACGACGACUUCACCAAGGAGCUUAAGGCAGAGUUGGAAAAGCACAAACAGUGA